ACCGGUUUGUAAAAGCACCCAUGACACAUUAUCAAAUGUUACCCCAACACAUGGUUUGUCUCUGUUUUGUUAAGCUUUGAGCGAACGAAGCUCGUCUGCAUGCUGGCAAAAAACUGAAAAGCACAAACUCUAUUUACUAUUGGUCUAGCAAAGGUGAGGGCGCAAGGAAAAAGCCACAGGCCUCCUCUUGACACAAAAAUGGGUGCAGUCUGAACACAGUGCCAGCCCGUGGUCAUUAACGUAGUUGUUUGGUAAUCAAUUGUCUUUUAUCAUUUUAGUGACUUUGCAUAGCCUGUAAGGGAUCCUCCCUGAACCCGAAGUUUCUUAUGGUGUCCUCACAAAAGAGAAGUGACUGUGUAAUCAGUAAGGACAUUUGUUGGGUACCAAACGCUUCCGGUGAUGUCUUCACAGGGAAAGGAGUCAAAAUCAUCGAGCUCUUCCCAGGAAUCCAGUGGAGGAGAAUUUCAAGAAAAUAGUGGAGCACACUCAUCAUCAAGAAGAUUAAAAGUUACUUUCCUGGGAUCAGAAUGGAGAUCAAGUAAAGGAGGACUUUCCACUUUAAACAGAGAGUUAGCAAUAAACGUUGCAAAAAGUCCUGAGGUAGAGGUCACCUUCUUUGUCCCACGAUGUAAUGAAGAGGACAAGAAAACAGCUCUUGGUCGCAAGAUUAAUCUUGUCGAGGCAAUCAGGCGGCCUGGUAUGGAUGAGCUGGCAUGGCUUGUGUGCCCACCAAUUGAUUUACAAAUUGACAUAGUUGUUGGACAUGGUGUCAAGCUCGGUCAUCAAGCACAAGUUAUAAGGCAUUAUCACAAAUGUAAAUGGGUUCAGGUUGUGCAUACCGCCCCCGAGGAACUCGGGAUGUAUAAGACAUAUUCGAAUCCAGUAUCAGUUAAUGAGAAAAAGCAUGAAACAGAAGUCGAACUUUGUGAAAUGGCUGAUUUUGUUGUAACAGUUGGACCCAAAUUGACUGAGGCUUUUCGUGCUUACCUUCGCCCGAGUGGGAAAGAUCAAACAGUUUUUGAAUUUACUCCUGGAAUUUUCGCUGAUUUUUCUGAAGUUGAGCAGGUUGAUGAUGAAAGAAAAAAAUUCCGAGUCCUUGUCUUUGGGCGUGGAGAUGAUGAAGACUUUGAAUUGAAAGGAUUUGACAUUGCAGCCAAAGCUGUUGCUAUGUUAGAUGACACCCAUCUAACUUUUGUUGGUGCACCAGAUGGAAAGCAAGACGAGGUUAAGAAUCGUUUGCUCGAUUGUUGCAUCCCUGCUCAAUCUCUAACUGUAAGAAGCUUUAAAGAAAGCCGAGAAAGUUUGAAAAAAUUGCUUCGCGAAGUGGAUCUUGCUAUAAUGCCCUCGAGAACAGAGGGUUUUGGUUUAACAGGCCUAGAAGCCUUAUCAGCUGGUCUCCCCAUUCUUGUAAGCAGAAACUCCGGGUUUGGAGAAGCACUAAGUAACGUACUUUUUGGUCCAUUUUUUGUGAUUGAUUCAGAGGAUUCUGAAGCGUGGGCCAAAGCUAUCAAGGAUGUCCGGGACAGAAACAGAAAGAAGAGACUUCAGGAAUCGGAAGCAUUACGUGCGUCUUACGAGAAAGAAUACAGUUGGGAUAACCAAACCAAAACUCUCGUUAGUAAGAUGAUCAAUAUGACUCAAGAUUCUGCUGUAACUUGUCAGAGUUCAAUAAGAAGAACACUACCAACUCAACAAACGGAAGUCAUGACUGAGCAUCCUCCAGGUAACGUACCUUCUAAACAUACAUUUGUGAAUACAUGUGUUCUGUUAACUGGUUUAAUGACUCAAGGAAUUAAAAAGCAAACUUUAGGGACCCGUAGUCAUUAUCAAAGCCGCUUUUAAUCCAUUUUCCAGGAAAUAUCGUAACUCGUAUAAAUUCAAACUCAAAAAUUUGUAGAAUAUACGUGCCAGAAAUGCCAACAAUGAAGCUUCCAUCAUUAUGUUCAACAAGCGUUGUCAUUGGCAAUCAGUUCAAAGUGCUUCCAAUGUUUCCGAUUUGAUCGUUUGGGACAAAGAUCAACGCUUUCACCCAGGCUAUAUCUUGAAUAACGUUUAGCUAUUCACGAUUUAGUAAUAUAAUAAAAGAAUUCGAUUCAGCUGGGUAAAAUAUCAUUGAGUUUUUAGUGCUACUAGAACUGAAGUGGAUUCCAUUCUUUAAGUCGAUAUCCUUUCGUUCUAUUUCUGAAAUUAGCUACCACAAGGAAAAGCUCGACAUUCGUGUGUGAUCGUGUAUGAAACGUGUCUUCUACCUAAUACCAUAUAGUCGACACUAACGCCAACCGAUCUGGACAUGCAUUUAGAGGCGAGUGAAUUGAUUUUGUUCCGAAGAGAAUAGUACCACAAGGAGAGCAAAGGAUUUUCGGAAAAUAAUAUAUAGAGGAUAAUACAUGGACACGCGUAGAUAUGGAAUG